CGGUGGAUUCGCAACGGGACGAGGGGGGGGAGGGAGAGAUGAGGGACGCGAGGGAGCAGAUCAACGUGGACGACGACGACGAGGAGGUUGCACAGGCGGGGUCGUCAAGGAGGGAGCGAGGGAAGGGCGUUGUCAGCGAGCCGGGGGGGCAGCAGGGCCAGUACUUUGCAUCGGCGCACGUGUCGGUUCGUGUACGGGCAGGUGUGGAUACGCCUGAGGCAAGUGCGUCUGCGGGGAAGAGGAAGGAGAGAGAGGAGGGGGACAGACCGACGGCAGCAGCCGCAGCACAGAAGAGGAUGAGACAGGACACGAUCACGGAGUCGUUCACUUCAAAGUGGCAAAUGGAGUUCAAGAAGAAGUGGUUGCGGUUUGUGUACAAUCAGCGCCUGGCGUUCAACGUCUUCCGGAGCGAGCCAUGGUUGGACGUCGUCCGGCACUUCAGGGACUUGCCGGGGCCAGUGAAGGUGUUGUGGCCUUCAGAGAAUGAGAUCGCGGACAUAGAGACCAUUGUCCACACGGCGGACGAUGUGGGAGCUGAUCUCGUGGAGGUCAGGGCUCCUUUCUAUGUCACGGGGGCCACCAUUAUGUCAGAUGGAAGGAAGUCACGCGAUGCUAGACCCAUCGUUAACUUCCUUGCCGGCGGGUCGCGUGGGGUGAUGCUCGUCCGGACGAUGAAUAGGGAGGGUGAGCGGGAUCGGGCGCCUGAUGUGUUGGCGCGGUGGAUCAAGGUGUUCGAUGACUUCCCCCCUAAGUGGGUGAACGCCAUCUGCACCGACUCCGCCUCGAAAUACGUCGUCGCGGCGAACAUGCUCCAGGGGCCCCAGAAGAGGCCGGAGCAUCGACGGAUCACGUGGCUCCCAUGCGCAGUGCAUGUCUGCAACAAGAUGUUGUCAGACAUUGGCUGUUCGGGCACGUGGUCCAAGGACAUCAUCGUGAGGGGGAGAGCGAUGGUGCGAUUCAUUAAGGAGCACGGCGCCACUCUCCAUAUCUUCUGGGGGGAGAGCAGUCAGAUGGGCCUCAUCUAUCCUUGCGAGACGCGUUUCGCAUCCGUGUUCGCGAUGGUGGAGCGUUUGCUGGCAGUGAGGUCAGCUUUGGAGAGGACGGUGGAUGGCGAUAGUUGGGGUAUGGUCCCUUGGGACCAUUCAGUUCGUCAUUUGGCUAGGUGGGUCAGGUCGCAGGUGCGACAUGGCAAUUGGUGGGAUUCCAUGGGCAUCUUGCUCCGUAUCAUGGAGCCUGUGUACGAUCUGCUGCGCAGGUUGGACCGUGGAGGGCUGCACAUGUCGCGGGUGGUUGAGUGGACGCAGGAUCUGGCCCGCCAGGUGGCAGAGGAGGUUUGUGCACUUCUGCCAGAUCUUGCACACUACAUUGUGCAGAGGGUGCAGGCUCGAUGCGCUCACAUGCUGGAGCCGGCGCACGCCGCUGCUCACCUCCUUUGUCCCAGCCGUCGGGACUUGCGGUACUUCGAGGGCGUGGUCAGCGACUACGACGCGAGCUCGGUGAGGGAGGCAGAAACUUACAUCUUGUCGCAGACAGGGUUCAGUGUGACGAGCCGCGACUACGAGACCGCAUGUGCACAGUUGCGCGGCUUCCACACACGGAGGGGGACGAUUGCUUGUGGGGGGAGAGACAGAGACAGAGAYGCACAGAGGUGCAGGGGCGAUGCGGAGACGUACGAGUCCGGGUGUUGGUGGUCGAGGUACGGGCAGUGCGCCCCGCAGUUGCAGGUUAUCGCUCUUCGUGUGAUGUACAUGUGGACGUGCUCCUCUCCUGCGAAGAGGAAUUGGGCCGUCCACGAGGGUGUACAAACGAAGAAGCGUAACCGGCUUGAGUUCGAGAAGGUCGCGAAGUUGGUUGAGAUCUCAGCCAACGUGUGGACUCUAAAUGAGUCGUUGUUGGACGUGGAGGGAGGUAUCGGGAUUCGCCCCUCGUGGAAAAGGACGGACGAGAGUAGGACGCGGGAGGAGGUCGAGGAUCAGAGACGUUCAUGGCUGCGAGACCCAUGUGGGUCCAGAGCUCCUCCGGGUGAUGUGGGCGAUGUUUUCGGGACUCGAGCCGCCACAUUGCACCCGUACCCUCGAGACGACAGUGAUUCCGAGGGUGACGAGGAUGAGCCGGCGGGCCCCGCUAGCACCACUCCUGCGGCGGAUGAGCGUGAUGAGUGGAGCGACCCAAAGGACGUCCGUAGACGGAGUGGCGGAGAUGACCUUUUCAUUCAGGUUGAUUUGGAGGAGGAGUCUAGGGGUCGUCAUGGGAGCCCUUUAGAGCGUCCGAGGCCUACGUCCACCGUUUCGCUUCCCGCUGAGCGGGAGACAGAUCCUGGGUCUGCACCUUCGAGGGGGGCAGAGUCGGGUAUUGGCCAUCGUCCUCUGGGUCGCUCUGGCACGACAUCAUCCACAACUCUUCCCACUUCGACGGAGCAGCUUCAUCAACGGCCAGCCGUUGCAGAUCGAUUGCAGAGAUUGGUGAAGGGCCCGAGACAGCGAUUGGAGGACAGAUUGGAGGGCGGUCCUGUGCCGGUGCAGGGUGACGGCGGAGACAGACAGGGGUUGGUUGCUGGAGAUGGUGGUGCGCUGGCCGGAGGUGGAGGCGGUGUCGAGGCUGAUGCGCCGGUUGAGGGGAUACCGAUGGGCGGCGGAGGCAGUUUCAGUGAGUUUGGCGAUAUGGGUAUGCCCCCGGGAGAGAGCGUGGGUCUGGCCCUAGGAGAGAGCGAGUCCCGUGGGGACAUCAGUGUGGGUAUACAGGACUUAUUGGGACAGAUCAGCUUCGCGGACCCAAGUAGUUUCUCCCCUUCCAUUCGCGCAGAGGUGAUGUUGGGGGCAGAGGGGGAUGAGGGCCGGACACCCCCUGGAGAGACAUCUGCACAGAGGCUGGAUAGGCUUGAUAGUCGUCGAGCGUGCCUCAUGGCACAGAGGGACCCCAGGACGCAGGAGCUCGCCCGUCUUGCGGCCGAGGACCGACAGAGGCAGCUGGGGACAUUUACGCCGGCGUCUGUUGACGUGGGGCCAGCUGCCCACACGGAUACUCCGGCAGAGGUUCACGACACGACGCAUCGGGAGGCAGCUUCGACAGAGGUUUCGAGUACGGGAGUGGAUGUCCAGCAGGGGACGCACGAGAGCGGGUUGGCACCGACUGAGGAGCCACGUUCGGAGCCGGCGCAGCAUCCUGCCGUGGAGCGGAGGCCAGAGGAGACAUUGCAGGAGGUUGCGGGCGUGCCUCUGCCUGCGGGUUCAGUCGAGGGUGCCGUGCAUAUGUCCCCGGGUCUGGAGGACAUACCGACGGGGCAGUCAAUGGGCGUUGAUGAUAUUCGCCCAUCGGCACAGGCGGAGGGGAUAGCGCCGACCACCGGGGGGGGACGGGGCCGUAGCGGGGACUGUUGGUGCUGGCGGGUGGACAGGCGUGACGCGGACGGACAGGAGAUGCCACAGACUUUGGUGGUUCGCACUGCUGUGGGGCCAGUGGGGCCACAUCAGGCACCGUUUUUGAAGGGUUUUAGGCGUCCUGCACAUGGCGGUGGCCCGGUCGAGGAGCGACGUGUAGGCAGGGGCGCGUGCAUACCCCCGGUCCCUACUUUUGCGCCGUCUCGGACGAGGCCGGAGAUUAGGCAUGUGGCUACGCCUGGAGGCAGCCUCCCUUUUGGUUUUAUGAUCGCUGAGGAGUUGGAGGACCAUGGCAGGAGGGAUUUGACGGAGAUCGACCAGCGCGUUUUGAGGUCAGUCCCGGAGGAGGGGAAGCUGCCUCACGUGCAGGACUUAUCUUGGGGGCCAGCCAGCCCCAGCUUACCUUCUGGGUGUUCCGUCGCAGCGCCAUCUGGCGGGGCUGCAGGGGGCUUACCUUCUGGAGGUUCCAUCGCAGCGGCAUCGGGCGGGGUCGCAGGGGACUUACCUUCUGGAGGUUCGGUCGCAGCGCCAUCUAGAGGCGCCGCAGGCCCUUCGUCACCCUUGAGCGCAGCUCCGAGGGAGGGCGGCAGCCUCACCCCGAGGUCAGUUGCCCGUAGACGGAGAGACACUACCCAGCGUGCGCGGGAGUUGCUGGACACCAUGUUGUUCCGUCGCACAGAUCGACCAUGGAGUGAGACGAGACGGAUGACGACGGCGAGUGCCGGUCGUCAGAUUGGUUUGAGAGGGGUUUCCACGAGCGCGAGACGUCGAGAUGUUGUAGCUGCAGGGUUUGGCGGUAGAGGGGGUGGCGGCGGUGGCAGUGGUGGUGACGGUGACGACAGACGUGAGGGUGCAGGCGGUGCCACGACGAGCGCAGUGGAUCCGCCGCGGACGUACGGUUUGAGAGAGGCGUCGAUUAUUUUGGAGGAGCCUGAUGUUGUUACAUGACUGAGGCAGACCCGACACGUGCCCUUAGAUCGACGCCAGGAGGGGGAGACUUCAGGGACUGACGACGGCCUACCUAUGGCACGCGAGUCACGCCGAUGUGAUGACCUAG